AUGUCGAUGUGUAUUCGGGGCUGUUCCCCGGCUGUGAGGUUUUGUCAGAAGCUGAACAGGCUAAAGACCCUGGAUGAUGAUAUGAUGGCCACCUCUCUAAAGCGUUGUCUCUCUACGGUGGAUCUGGCAUUGCUGGGAGUCGGUGGGAUGGUGGGAUCUGGACUGUAUGUCCUCACUGGAACUGUAGCUAAGGACACUGCUGGCCCAGCUGUGGUCCUGUCUUUUCUUAUCGCAGGCGUGGCCUCUCUCAUGGCAGCGCUGUGUUACGCUGAAUUUGGUGCUCGCGUUCCCAAGACUGGCUCCGCCUACAUGUUCACCUAUGUGUCUGUGGGUGAGAUCUGGGCAUUUUUGAUUGGCUGGAAUGUGAUUUUGGAGUACAUGAUCGGUGGUGCAGCUGUGGCACGAGCUUGGAGCGGUUACCUGGACUCCAUCUUUAACCACCGCAUCCAAAAUUUCACAGAGACCCAUGUAAUACACUGGAAUGUGCCUUUCAUCGCCCAUUACCCAGACUUCUUAGCAGCGGGCAUCCUUCUUGUUGCCUCUUUCUUCAUCUCAUUUGGUGUUCGUGUGUCUUCCUGGCUGAACCACAUCUUCUCUGCCGUCAGCCUCGCAGUAAUCGCCUUCAUUCUUGUUUUUGGCUUUAUGUUGGCUGACCCAGCAAACUGGAGCGCACGCGAGGGCGGUUUCGCACCCUUUGGGUUUUCAGGGGUGAUGGCAGGGACGGCCACCUGUUUCUACGCCUUUGUUGGGUUUGAUGUAAUUGCGGCCUCAAGCGAGGAGGCCAGGAACCCUCAGAAGGCUAUCCCCGCCGCCACGGCGAUUUCACUCGGCCUCGCGGCCGCUGCGUACGUUCUGGUUUCCACGGUGUUGACGCUCAUGGUGCCAUGGCAUACGCUCGACCCGAACUCAGCACUGUCAGAUGCUUUCUUCAGACGAGGCUACAGCUGGGCAGGUUUCAUCGUGGCUGUGGGGUCCAUAUGUGCCAUGAAUACUGUUUUGCUCAGCAACCUCUUCUCUCUGCCAAGAAUCAUUUACGCCAUGGCAGAGGAUGGCCUCUUCUUCUCCAUAUUCUCUCGUGUCAACCCCAUCACCAAAGUCCCAGUCAUCGCCAUCCUCGUCUUCGGCAGUUUCAUGGCUCUCCUCGCCCUCAUCUUUGACCUGGAAGCGCUUGUCCAGUUCCUGUCCAUCGGCACCCUGCUGGCGUACACCUUUGUCGCUGCUAGCAUCAUUGUACUGCGCUACCAGCCCGAAAAAACCAGUCAGAGCUCUGAGGGUGGAGGAACUAAAACAGAUGCCUCUUCUUCCGGUUCUCCGAACCCUCCGGCCCAGCAGACGGAUCCCUCGGUGCCGGCCGACGAAACUCGGACUCUGGCGCAGGACGGCGGGGAACUCAAGGAGUACGAGUCUUUCUCGGACAAGCUCCAGCUAGUAGAGCGACAGAAGGCAGUCCGAGAACGGCGUCCCCCGGGGACGCUGAUGGCGCGCUGGGAACCGUACCUGGGACGUCUGCUGGGGGACUGCGAGCCAGGCGGGGUGGUGGCGUUUUCUGUGUUGGCGCUGAUGGUUAGCGCCGUGUCGCUGUGUGCCGUCUUGGUGUUUGGGAAUAACCAGCUACAGCUGCCUGUGUGGAGCUUUUCUUUGCUCGUGGUCAUUUUUUCGCUGGCCUUCCUCAUCAGCCUCAUCCUCAUAUGGGUCCAUGAACAGCAAGUCAACACCAAGACAUUUCAGGUUCCUUGGGUACCGUUUGUGCCAGGGGCGAGCAUUUUACUAAAUGUGUUUCUCAUGCUCAAGUUGAGUCCACUAACCUGGAUCAGAUUUACCGUUUGGGUAGCUGCAGGUCUGCUGGUGUAUUUUGGCUAUGGGAUUUGGCACAGUAAGGAGGGUUUACGGGAACAGCAGGGACAGGACGUGGCCGCGCGCUACGUGGUACUGCCCAGCGGCAGCCUGGUGGAAACUCUCCAGUCAGUUCAGCCGGAAGGACAGACACACACCCCAGUCCCUGAGAACCCAAAUGUCAACAGAUGA